CCGGCUUCCCAUUCGCGCUCAUCCCUACGCGAAACACGGCUCUUCAUUCUCGUCCAGGAGCGCUGCACCGUCUUCCUCGCCUUUGGAGAUAUGCGCAAUUGGAGCAGAGGAGAGAGCCGCCGCUUCAGUCGAUUCGCUGCACCUUCCGUUUUCAUCUUCCACACAACCGCACAAGCUCCAGAUCUCCAGACUUCUGGACCGCUGAAGAUUCCAGAUCUCCACUUCGCCUCGUCGAUUUGGGACCACAUGAGCAGAUAUGGGCGGCGACUUCGGUGGCUACAGCAGUUGGGCCUGAGAAUAAGGUGAGAGGCGGGGAAAGGGUUUUCCGUCAAGUCUCGAGCUCUUGGCUGGUGUUGGCUUUCGACAAGCACAGUGCACGGGGUUCCGACGAGGUCUGUGGCGGAAUGCUGUGGGGCUACAGACCGGUGGGGCAAGGGGCGGGUUGCUGAGGGCUGGUCAGGAGGGGGACGGUUGCUGUUGGCGGAUGGGACAG